AUGGCAGCAAUUUGGGAUAUGCCAGAACUUUCACGCAAGCUCCAAAUUCGUAGAUCACACAUGCUCUGUUCAAUGGCAUUCUUCAAUCUGAAGCGCCGACAUGAAUCCGACUUCCUCAAUCAGGAUACAGACGGACGUACGGUCUGGAUCCACAAAGACCGAGAUAUUUGGCGAGAUUUCAAAGCUUUAGAUUCAGCUGGCUAUUCGCAUUACUUUUCAUAUGCUCUUGGAGCUCCUAGACGCGACGACAUGAUGCUGGCUGGUUUAGUCAAUGACUGGAUUGAUUUGGGACCUGAUUUGCGCUACCAGGAGUGCAACCAAUCUGUUUUUGCGCUCACUCGAGGAUCAUUGACAAUCAAUGACCUGACAAAAUGCUAUGAACGGACGGUGUGGAUGCUGAACGCGAGUUUCGACUCAGAAGAGCGACAUGUGGGGUGUAAUGGCAUUGUCGGAACCUGUAUAUGGCAGCUCAGUAACCACCGCCAUGACUUGUGGCGCUACUAUUCUCUGGCUUAUGAUAACUGCUCAGUUGCGCAGCAAUUGGAUCUUUACAAAAUUGCAAAUCUUGCCGAUUGCUAUGCUUCGGAUUUCACGCCGAGGACAUUAUCUGACGCCAAGGCGAUAUCUAUUUCGCGUCAAGACUAUCCAUACCGCGUCCGCGUAAAUGAAAUUGAACACAAAGGUUCAAUUAUGCUCCACACAGCAGUCUGUGAUGCCGUCAAAUCUGAACUGCUCCCAGCAUCCGUCAUUGAUUACCAAAUUGUUCUUCCACUCCUUCUUCGCACCGGACAGAUAGACGAAGCGACUUUCCUGAGUUAUAUGGAUCAUCACUAUUGUGAUCACUUUGCUGAUAUCAUGCGAUAUGGACAUGCUGAUAGGUUUAGCCAUGCGUAUGCACGUGCUAUUGCGGCGCUGGUUAUGGAAGGGUGGUGGUCGGGAAUUUAUCUUGCUAUUAGCAUUGGGAGCCUUAUUGAGGCUCAACCUGAUCACAUUGCCAAUGACCGCCCGCAUUGA